GCAAUACUCCCAAUGUGGCCUCACCAGUGCCGAAUAGAGGGGAAUAAACACUUCCCUCGAUCUGCUGGCAAUGCUCCUACUAAUACAGCCCAAUAUGCCGUUAGCCUUCUUGGCAACAAGGGCACGCUGCUGACUCAUCUCCAGCUUCUCGUCCACUGUAACCCCUGGGUCCUUUUCUGCAGAACUGCUGCCGAGCCAUUCGCUCCCUAGUCUGUAGCGGUGCCUGGGAUUCUUCCGUCCUAAGUGCAGGACUCUGCACUUGUCCUUGUUGAACCUCAUCAGAUUUCUUUUGGCCCAAUCCUCCAAUUUGUCUAGGUCACUCUGGACCCUAUCUCUACCCUCCAGCGUAUCUAUCUCUCCCCCUAGUUUAGUGUCAUCCGCGAACUUGCUGAGGGUGCAAUCCACACCAUCCUCCAGAUUAUUAAUGAAGACGUUGAACAAAACCGGCCUGAGGACCGACCCCUGGAGUUGUUGGAGUCACUGCAAGGAAAGACAAGGAGUGACUUCAGAUGAAUAAUUGUCCCUGAGGGGACGUGGUUUCAUUAGCUGCACUUACCACAGAGUUCUGAUUGUUGCUAAAAGAGGGAAGGCAGCUCAAACUGUCUGCUCAGGAUAUGGGGAUUCAGCUUCCUGGUCAGACCCUGCAGCCUCCAUUGUGAUCUGGGACACCAGGCUGAGCAGCUGCUGCUCCCCCAGUGGGGUCUGUACUGGGAAGUGACCUUAAUUAAAGCUUUCUCUGUACUUGUUCAAGGUGAGGACUUUCUCCAGCUGAUACUAGCCCCCUAGGGCAGCCCUAGGCUCUGUUAGUAGUACAUUUUUAGCCAGAUACUCCAGGUAAGUGAGAGACCUUGGAGAAAGUGCUGGGGACUGUGCGGACUCACUUUCAUGCCAAAUAGCUUCUCCUCGUUUCUCCUCCCGUUAUCAAUUGCCAGGAAAAAAAUCCAGCCAUGGGAGACAGACAACCAAGGAAUGGGGCUUUCUCAGCCAGAGGGGCUGGGCGACAGGACAGGGGAAAGAGACUGAAAGGGGCAGUGGGAGAAAUGAGUGGGGAGAGAGAUAUCCAGAUCUCUAAUCUGCCCAGACACCUGAACUGCAGCAUCCCUGGGCAGUGUCACUUUGCUGUAAACAAGAGAAGGAUCAGAGAGAGGAAAAGCCAGUUCCUGACUCCAUAUUCACCCUGCUGGGGUGUGGCUGCCUUGGGUUGCCCUUCUCGCCCUGCCGGGCUGCAGAAUAACAUCCGUGUUUCGCACCAGCUCAUCCCAUCGUCUCAUGGAACAGGGAAGAGAAAUGGCUGCAGAGGAGCCAGUUCAGGGGCCGGUGACCUUCGAGGAGGUGGCUGUGUAUUUCACCAGGGAAGAGGGGGCUCUGCUGGACCCCGCUCAGAGAGCCCUCUACAGAGACGUCAUGCAGGAGAACUACGAGAAUGUGACCUCGCUGGAGUUUCCAGUUUCCAAACCUGAUCUCAUCUCCCAGCUGGAACAAGGGAAAGAGCCAUGGGUCUCAGACCUUGAGGGUUCAGGGAAAAGAGAGAUCCUGAGACGUCCUUGCACAGGUGAUGCAAUGGUGAGUGAGAAUGAGGAGCAGAAGUCUCAGCAGGAAGAUGUUGCGCAAGUUGCACCACACGGAAUAUUAUCAAAAAUAACCAGAGGGAACAUGUCCAGGAAUCAUGAGCAGGGAAAAAUCUGUGAGAUUCAGCAAAGACCAGAGAGAGAGGAGGGAAACCAGCCAGGGGAGAAAUUUAAUAAAAUUGUUUACUGUCGGGGAACUCACAAGGACCUCAAAGAAACCACAACCCAGCAGAGAAUCCUGACAGGAAGGAGGGGAAAAAAAGAAACUGAGUGUGGGGAAAACGUCAGUGAUGGCUCAGGCCUCAUUAAACAUCAGAAAAUUCACACCGGUGCGAAACCCGAUGGAUGGUGUGAGAGUGGGAAAAGCUUCACUGAGAGCUCAGAACUUACUGCACAUCAGAGAAUCCACAUGGGGGAGAGGCCCUAUGAAUGCUCCGAGUGUGCAAAAACCUUCAUUCACAGCUCACACCUCAAGACACAUCAGAGAAUCCACACAGGGGAGAGGCCCUAUGAAUGCUAUGAGUGUAGGAAAACCUUCAGUCGGAGCUCAAAUCUCAUUAGACAUCAGACAAUUCACACGGGGGAGAGGCCCUAUGAAUGCUCUGAGUGUGCGAAAACCUUCACUCACCGCUCAGACCUCAAAACACAUCAGAGAAUCCACACAGGGGAGAGGCCCUAUGAAUGCUGUGAGUGUGGGAAAACCUUCAGUCGGAGCUCAAAUCUCAUUAGACAUCAGACAAUUCACACGGGAGAGAGGCCCUAUGAAUGCUCUGAGUGUGCGAAAACCUUCAACUGCAGCUUUCACCUCACUCGACAUCAGAGAAUCCACAUGGGGGAGAGACCCUAUAAAUGCUGUGAGUGCGGGAAAACCUUCACUCACACCUCAUACCUUGCUAGACAUCAGAGAAUACACACAGGAGAGCGACCCUAUAAAUGUGGUGAGUGUGGGAAAUCUUUCAGUCGCCGCUCACACCUCAAUACACAUCAGAGAAUGCACACCGGAGACAGACCCUAUAAAUGCUGUGAGUGCGGGAAAACCUUCAUUCGCAGCUCACAGCUCACGAGACAUAAGAGACGCCACACAGGAGAGAGACCCUAUGAAUGCAGUGAGUGUGGGAGAAGCUUCUCUCAAAGCCCAAACAUUGCUCAACAGCAGAGAAUCCACACACGUGAGAAACCCUAUAAAUGCAGCGAGUGUGGGAAAAGCUUCAAUGAGAGCUCAACCUUAUCAGACACCAAAGAGCCCACCAGGGAAAGCAGUCCCAUGAAUGCCAUGAGUGUGGGAAAAGUUUCACUCGGAGCUCAGCCCUUAACUAUCAUCAGAGAAUCUGCAAGAGAGCUAAACACCAUAAAAACCUCUAGGGCUAUCCCAACACUUGUUCUUUAAUGCUUUUAAUUUAAUUCCCACAUAGUAACCUUUAAAGCUGUUUGAACCUUUUGCAUCAGUGUUAUCCCUCAGCUUGUCCAGACGAGUUGCCCAUUUUUGUCUUUUGCAGCUCUCCCUUUUUUGAGGUGGACCCGGUUGUCUUUUCUAUCCACUCCAUUGUCCCAGGAGUAAUGGGAGUUUGUCUCUCCUUCCACAAAACAAGGAGCAACACAUUUAUACCGUUCUUAUACUUAUUGCACUAUUGUUUUUAGAGUCACCAAUGAUAGAUUGUAUCAUUCUCAGUUCUCACAUUGCUCUGCAUUGUGCUCAACAGCAUUUGAGGACCUUUUCUUCAGUUAUAGUGUAUUUAAAUAUAAUGAAGAGAAGCAGGGGCAGGAAAUAAUUGUCACUUCAGCCUCUGUGACACUGGAAGGAGAUGGGGUGACUCAGUGGUUCCUUCCCUUCUCCAUCACUCCAGAACGGUUUCCUCCUUUCUGAGCCAUGCAGAGUUUAUCUUCUUCGCAUUCUAUCCCUCCACCUCUCACAGUGUCAUGUGGUGCAGUGUUCUCAGCUGUCUGUGCUUGGAGAUGAUGCUUUGAUGUCUUUAAUCCUAAAUCAGAGUCACUAUGACUAGAGAUGAAAGUGUCAAAGACCUGCAAGGGAAAUUCAAAUGGAACCCAAACACAGUGUGAUGAUUUGGAGUUUGAAUUCCAGUUUUCAUCUAUUGGCAAAGCCACUUGGGGUGUUUUUUUCCCCCUUAUGAGGAUGUUAUAUUGCUAAAACUUUUGUAAGUACUGUAAUUCAAUAAUUAGACAGUGCUGAGUGCACCAGGUUUGAAUGGAUCAGAGGAGAAUGUGAUAGGAGAAUCUAUUGUCCUAAUUCUGAAUCCUGCUCUGGAAUUUCACUUGACUCUUUCAUUUUCAUGUAGUCUACCUCUUUGUGAGAUGGGUGUGACAGUAUGCCCCAUAUUCUUCAUAGAAAUAUUGUUAUAAUUAUAGCAUAUCUAAUAUGUAUUUUAUGCAAGAUGGGUCAUGUGAGGUACCAUUGGAAAGGUUAUGAUGUACUGAAUUUGAUUAUCCUAUGUAUGCAUGUAUCCUUUUUGUAUCUAAAGCUAGGAAUAUCGACUAUACAUCUGUACUACAAAAGUAUUUGCACCUGGGGAACACCCACCAGACAGAAUGCAAUCAGUCUGGAUUGGCCAUUAGGAAGAACAAUUUGUCUUUGAAGAUGCUAAUCUCCCACCUUUCUGAGAAGCUUUUCUGGGAUGCCACAAACAACCUCUGACUCAUGGCUGUUUUGACACUGCAGGGUCAUGUGAUCACAUCACCUGGUACUGGACUCCAGGAUAGAAUACCAGUAUUUUUUCCAGUGCAGGGGGAACCAUACUCAAAAAUAAAGGGUUCUCGCCAUAUGUAAAAUGUAUUUAAGUCUGGGGAGUGGCUUAAUCAUUGUUCAUUCUUCACUGAAUCCCUGCCCAGGAUGACAGCUGGAAACAUCUAAGAAACAAAGACAAAGGGCGGGGGGUGCAGAAGGACUAAGCCCAGGCUGGGAAGGUGUCUGGUCUGUGAAAGAAAUACCUGGAGUUUUAAGCUGCAAGCAAGAGCAGCUUGCCUUCAAGAAAUCUGCAAUCUGUCUAAAACAAUAUUUAGGGUGAGAAAUUACUACUUGUAACCCAUUUCUUCAGUGUUAAGCUUAGCUUGUGUGUUUGUUUCAUUUGCUGGGUAAUCUGCUUUGAUCUGUUUGCUAUCCCUUCUAAUCACUCAAAAUCUAUCUUUUGUAGUUAAUAAACUUGUUUUUGUUUUCUCUAAAA